CGGAGUGUGUGUUGAGCCGGCUGCCUGAGGCCAGGGCUGCCCUGCUUGGGCCAUUAACGCGUCAUUUCAGACCAAGAGAUUGUCUUGCCGUGAGCCGGGGCAGCCUGCAAGUCACACUGAUCGACCAUGCACAGCCUUUGCGUACUGCUGCCGACCGCGGCAUUAGCUGCGGUCACGUCCCACACGACCAUAGACUCCUCCGCCCCUGCAAUUCUCACGCAGCAGCUGUCAUCGUUUGGCGUCGAUCUCUUCGCCACAGAAAAUACUCCAGCGGCCGCGCUGCAGCACGCUGCCUGCGUGAUGGAUCAGUACCUAGACCAGGACCGCGACGGCGUCGCCGACGACCCAAACGUCGUGUCCGCGCUCACGUCUCUGAGCGCGGCGAUGAUCAUGGGAGCGACGGAGAGCGACGUCGAAGACGUCUUUGACGCCAUCGACGAUAGCGGUGGCUCUUUCGGCGACCGCGCGCUGCAAGAUGUCUACGCGAGCGAGACGGCGUACUUCGACGGAGCCAGUUACUUCGACGCCUCGCUGGAAGAAGUCCUGCACCUCAUCACGCAGCACGGGUACGCCAAUGCCUAUCCGAGCGACUUUGGGGAGUAUUCGGGAACGACGCUGGCGGACGCAGUCGACGCCGUGAUAGGGGAUUGCGAGAUGUCGUGGGAGUGCGGCAGUGGCGACGAGGACGAAGACGGCGACGACGCUCACAAUACCGACGACGCCAACGUUGCCUCCGGAGAGGCGUUCUGCGAGGAAUCCGGCUUCUCCGAGGAUCAGUGCAAGAGCUACGACUCGGCGGCGUGCGAGUGCGACUGGGACGGGGGCCAGUGUUGGUGGCAGGGUGGCGCCUGCGGCGGCCGGCGGCUGGACGAGGGCUGCGAGGACUACAGCGACGGUUCGUUCGUGCAGGGCUCGUGCACCGGAAAAUUUCACUACUCCGACACGACCUGCGACUACGGCUGCCUCAUCACGGAGGGCCUCUACUGGGGCGUUACGUCGCUGCUCGGCGCGCAGGAAGACCGUUGCGCCAACAUCGACGACGAGUGGGAGCCGUGCACGCCGGCGCUGAUGCGGAGCGACGCGCCGGCUCUCUCCACGUUGAUCGAUACGAUGGGCAUCACAGUCCUCCCGGACGGGAACUGCGACGUUACCAACGAUCUCGCUCCGACGCCGCGCCCGACGAGCAGUCCGUCGGCAGCUCCGGGCUACUGCUGCUCGGCCGGAGACUGCGGCGUCUGCACGGCGCAGUCGACGGUCCAGGCCUGUUGGAACGGAAGAGAUCAGUGCGAGACUUACUGCGGAGUAUGGUGUAUUGGCGCCUGGCAAGAACCGCUGCAAGAACCGCUGCCUCCGACGCCAUCGCCCGUGGGCACGCCGGCACUAGAGGCGUCCCCGGACGCCGACGGCGCAGCUGGCCACCGGGUCAGCCUCUGCCUUGUCUUUGCCGCAUUGUUUGUCCUUAUUGCUACAGCUGACGCCCUCACCAACGACCUCGACGGCGACGGCGUCGAGGACGUGGCGCCAGAGGGCUCCUGCUGCAUCAGCCAAUACGGCGUCGGCUUCGAUACCGCGUGUGGUAGUACCCUGGCGGAGGUCACGGCGAAUUGCUGCCCGAGCCCCUUCGUCGCGCGCUACCAUCUCGGGUUCAGCGGCGAAGAGACGACACACUACGACUGCGUCUCCUUCAUCAGCAAGGAGGACUGCAACUCCUACGGGGCGACUUGGAGCGGGGGCGACGACGACCCGAUUGGCCUCGGCCAGAUGGGGGGCUGCCCCCACUCCGUCGCGUUCUAUGCCACCCCGGAAAAUGAUCUCGACGGCGACGGCGUCGAGGACGCGGCGGCCGAGGGCGAUUGCUGCAUCAACGGCUACGGCGCGAGCUUCGCUGACUCGUCGUGCGGCAAUACCCUGGCGGAGGUCACGGCGAAUUGCUGCUGGAGCCCGUUCGUCGCGCGGUAUUCGAUCCAGCCCGACGGCGAGAACCAGAACGCGUUCGACUGCGUCUCUUUUAUCAGCGAGGAGGACUGCAAUGCGCUCGGCGCGCUCUGGAGCGACGAUUCUCAAAUGGCGGGGCAGUGCCAACACAGCGCCGACGCCACCACGGACGACAACAGUGCUGCGACGGACGACAACGUGCCCGCCACGACGACGAACUGGGGCAGCGGCGCGGGCUGGUGCUACUCGUCGCUCGACCGCGAGAUCGGCUCCGCGACCGGCGACGACUGCUGGGCGCUCUGCGAGGCCACGUAUGGUGCCAGCCUCGUGGCCGUCGACUGGAACGGCGCGAGCGAGUGCUACUGCCAGUCCGCCUGCGAGUGCCUGAUGGACGUCGGCGACAGCGACGGCUAUCUGAUGACGGUCGACUCCAUAACGGCGCUCCCGGACGAGUGCCCGGCGUCGUAUAACGACGAAGACGACGGAUCGUCGUGGUGCGGCGACCGGCGCGACUGCAACGCGCCGGCCGCCUACUCCUCGCUCACGGUCAACGACGACAACGAACCCCUCUACGUGCAGUCGACGGGUUUCCCCGCGGCGCUGCGGGCCGGCGCCGAGACCGGCGUCGACCUCACGCGAAGCAUGCUCGGGACGGCGUCGGACACGCGCAUCUACCUGCUCGAGCCGAACGGCGCUGACGAUGUAUAUAGCGCUCUCAUCGACGAUUAUUGUCAGUUCGUCGGCUAUGAUUGGAGCGAGUGCGGCGACUCCGAGCGCUCGGCGGCGCAAAGUGGGGGCGGGCAGUACUAUCUGAGCGGCAAGGAGAGCUGCGUGUGCGGCGAGUAUACGUACGCCGGAGCCCCCAUGUUUAUGAUGCCGAGCACGUCCGACGACGCGACCAUGGUGGCGGAGCGAGCUAUACACGAGUACACGCACGUCGUCCAGAAGGCGAGCGGCGGCCCCAUGGCGGACUGGUCGGUCGCGCGGCGUUCGAAUCAUCACGCCGUCGCGGCGGCCUCUCCUACGCGUCGAAUUGUCAUCGGCUCAUGUUUCCGCGCAGGCUCAUGGAGGGGGGCGCCGUCUUCAACGAGUGCUGGCUCGGCCCGGAGCUCACCGGCUCGUACUACUCUUCCUUCUCCCAGUGCUUCCAGUACGGCGGCGGGGGCGGCGGCAUUCUCAACAAUGUGCGCCAGCUCUACCUCGACGACCCGACCGUGCCCUGGUUUACUCUUUGGGCCAACGACCGCUGCUGCGGCGACGACUGCCCGUCGACGCACGGCGAGGGCCAAGGCAUGCAGGACCGCUACAUCUACUACGACCUCGGCGCGUUUGCCGUGGCGAUGGCAAUUACCCGCGCGGACGCCAAGUUCGGCCGCGGCGGCGCGGCGACGAUCCACGACUUCUGGACGUCGGCCGAGCGCGGCUUCUGGCGGCGCACGGAUAUCCCCUACGGUCCAAUCGACCACGUCAACGGCUGGCCGAGCGACGUGCCCGAGGGCUCCGGCUGGCGCGGGGCCCUCGCCGCGUUUCUAGGGGACGCGACGACGGCCGACUUCUAUGCGUCAGUCGAGGCGACCAUCGUGUCGGACGGCGUCGUCGCGACGACGGCCGAGCUCCUGGCCGCGAUUAGCGGCACGCUCUCGGACGCCGCGGUCGCGGCGGCGGCGCAGACCCAAACCGAUUUCACGACGUGCGAGUGGAGCACGGCAGCACGCACGGCCUGCAACGAGGGUCUGGGCUGCGGCGUCGCCGCCACCGCGCCACCGACGCCGACCCCGGCGGCGUCGGACGCCGCCACGGCCCCGGCUCUCGCGCUCGGCGCCGCGGCGGCCGCCGCCGGUGCGCUUCUCCUCUGAGCAUCGCCCUCCUCACUCUCUCGAACCAUCCUUUCCAUUUUUGUAAGCACCC